UUCGCUAGACACAGAGCAGUGUAUCUGGGUAAUUUGAGUGGGUCUUGGAAUUCUAACGAUUCCAGAAUAUCAUACCAGAAAACCAAGCAGUGGGUUGAUAGUAACAUGUCGUCCUUUGAUUCCUCCGAUACACCGACACCGCAAAACAAAUCCGGAAAAUCCCUGAAAAAAAUAGUGAAAUCUUUUGCUGAAAGGACGUCCAUGCAGGGUGUUCCAAAUAUCAAUAACUCUAAACACUGGUUCCAGAAGUUAAUCUGGUCUGUUCUGUUGGUGGGGUCCAUGGUGGCAAUGACCUUUCAUCUUAAAUUUUUGUUUGACACGUAUUAUGCUUGGCCAAAACAUUCAACGGUGUCUUUAGGAUUUAAUAGCCUCGAGUUUCCAGCAGUCACCAUAUGCAACGUGAAUCCAAUCAGACAGUCGAAGAUACAUUUGGGUUCUGCAGCCUUGCGAAACAUCGUCUCUGUAACCAGCCCAGAAAAUAUUGUGAAAAAGAUGAACGAACGUAAGCACCUACGCACUUCAAGAAACGCUAAACCAAAACGGAAGAAAGAAUCGGAAAGUGAAGAAACAGAAGAUGGGAAUAUAAGGAAAGGAAGCACCGAAGCAGCUACAAGUUUACUUACCGAGGGAUUUUCAACAAUGGUUACCGAGGAAACUACCAGACACAAAUCUACAACUGAAUAUUUGUCAACAAUGGCUAUUGAGGAAACUACCAGUCAAAAAUCCACAACUGAAUAUUUGCCAACCGCGACGUCCGCGGGUGUGGGGGACGAAAGGGGCAGUGCAGAUAAGGGUAGCACAGAGCUUGUUAAUGAAGAGGGGGGUGAAGAAAUAGGCUUAGUUAACACAGUCAAUCUUAAACCAAAACAACCAGAGAACAAAGACAUUAUACUUUUACCACACACUACAACAACGGAGAAACCCACAAUUACAGUAGAACCCAUUAUACCAACUGAGAAACCAACUACAACAACUAAAAAAACAACUAAAACAACUAGAAAACCUACUGAAAAACUGACUAUGACAACUGAGACACCAACUACGACAACUGAGAACCAGCCCAAUACAACUCAAAUCGACAAUUCAAAUUCGCAAAACAGUGCCGAAGAGCUAUCGUCCAAGGGGGCAAAAACGAAACUAGCCGCCAAGAACAUCCAAUUUCAGAUGGUUGAAUCUAAGAAUGGUAUUAAACUUCUAAAUGAUAUUGAACUAGAUUUCCAAAAUGUUCGAAAGCAAGUAAAGGCUGAAAUGGAAAGUGAAGGGGACGCAGAAGCAACAUCAUUAGCUUUACCUCAGCAAUCUAUGAUGUCACAAAUAAUAGAAGAGUUUCAAUAUUUGUUCAGUCAGGAACAAAGAUCUGUACGAGUUGCAAUGGGUCAUCAGCUAGAUGAUAUGUUAGUGGAUUGUAGUUUUGGUGGACGAAUCUGUCAUCCACAGAAUUUUAGUUUACGUGCAACAACUGGUCUUGGUAAUUGUUUUACUCUACAACAUAAAGGUCUGGUUGCUCAAACAAGUGGCUUACAGGAAGGAAUGCAACUGGUAAUAUAUCUAGAAAAUGGGGAAUAUUUACGAGGUUUAACAAGUGGGAAUGGCGGUCAAAUUGUUAUACACGAUAGGGAUUCCUGUCCUUUUCCACAAAAUGAUGGUAUAGCUAUAGCUUCUGGUACUGAAUCAAAUAUUGGUUUAAGAUUGGUAAAUAUAGAGAGAUUGGGGUUACCACAUGGUACAUGUGAAGAAGGCGAUUUAUUUAAGGAACAAUAUGGAUUUAAAUAUACUAGACAGGCAUGUCAGGUAUUCUGUCUACAAACGUUAAUUAGUUCUAUAUGUAAAUGCUAUGAUGAAGAUGAAGAAGAGUUAAACAUCAUCGCUCAUAUACAAGAACACUAUGAUCCGUGUAGAAAUAUUAGCGAAAUUAGAUGUAUGCUCAACAUACAAAGAGAUUAUGAAAAGGGUGAGCAAAAAUGUGAAUGUGAUAAUCCUUGCAUAGAAACCAGAUAUCAACAUACUAUUUCUGCCAGACAAUGGCCAUCUGAUGAGUACACGAACAUCCUACUUACUGCUUUAUGUGAGAAGAAAAGUCCCGAAGAAUGCCAAAGAUUAAGGAAUAUGGAGCCCAGGGAAUUAGCGAAUAAUUUUUUGAAAAUUAAUAUUUACUAUGAAGAUCUGAAUUAUGAAAAUAUAACAGAAGAAGAAGAUUAUGAGACCUCCCAGUUUAUAUCGGAUGUUGGUGGUACUAUUGGUUUGUGGGUUGGCUUGUCCAUGUUGAGUAUGUUUGAAGUGGUUGAAUUCGUCGUACAGAUACUCCAAUUCUUUACAUUUUCUCUGUGGUUCCGGAAAAAGCCCAAAACAACGAAAGAAAAUACACAGCUUUCAACGCAUCAUAAAACAUGGGAUGGAUUGUGAAAGUUUAUACCACGUCCUUUACCAUUACCUAGAAGAUGUAGUCUUGCAUUAGUCUUUAUACUUUUGUGAUCAAUUAGGAAUGUUUUUAUUACAUGAUUAUUAUUGCAUACGGUGACAAUGUGUUAGUUAUCACAUUUGUAUUGAGCAUUUUGUUAAAUUUUCGAACCCAAGUCAUUGCAUCUUAUCCCAUGAUGAUGGAAUAUUGUUGAUUUUGUGUCUUCUACUGUGAGAUAUUAUAGCACCUGCGACAAUUUUUACUUGUAUAUAAAAAAGAUGAAUUUCUUUAAAACAUCUAGUCGACGCCAUAGAAAAGAGCAUUUUUAGACGUAUACUAAUGAUAAAUAUUUUUUAAUAAACGAUUCAAGUGAAUACAUAUACAUUUCAUGAAUUUUAGAUAAUUAAAGGAGGGAUAUAUCUAUCUAUCUAUAUGUAUGGAAUCCUGUAUUUAUGUUGUUUCUGUGAAGUAUUAUAGUGGUUCGUUAUCCCAAGGUUCGAAUUUUGGCACAUAUCUAACCUAACUUCCUGGAUUAUUGCCCCUGAUUGUACGGAAAUCGCCUAAAUCUUUUUUUUUUUUACAAAUGCUUCACUCUUUCAUUUUGUUUUCAAAUUCGAUGUGUAGCAUUGGGACAAUGAAUCCUAUCGAUUUUUCCUACUUUCCUAUAUCUCUUGGCGUGUCUUGUUGCAUCCCAAGCCAUGUUUUAGAAAUGGAAAUAUUGUUAGAAUUCUUUUAUAGCAUUAUAUAAAUAUAUUUAUUGUUUGUAUUUCAAUAAACUUAUGUACUAAACCCCAUUGUAUUAAACAGAGGUUUUUACAAAUUAGAAAUGCGUUUUCUCUGGGUAGUUUUAUGAUAAUAACUUGAUUACCAUUAACCGCGACUUUGUAGGUUGAACGUCAACAUAUGCUGUCAAAAAACAAAUUAUGUGCCAUAAAUCAGUAUUAAGAAGAGUUUAAUUAACAUCAAUACAUGUCGAUCGAUUUCCACUUAUUUUCAGACAUUCAGGCAAAGUUUGACACUCGGUAGAAUUAAUUGAGACCUCGGUUAAAUGGAGCUCUGACUUCAGUGUAAGGGCCCCUCUGUCUGUGUCCAGUCGAAAGGCACACGAAUAUUUUAAUUCAGCAUUUACAAUUGAAAUAAGUUUUCACUCAACCUCUCGAGGCCCUCCAGCUGGCGAAGGUCAUUUUUCUUUUGUCAACUGUGUUUCCAGGGAGUGGGUGGUUAACGAUUUUAGAACCACUUUCCAAUUACAAUACUCUUUUUGUUCGUUAAUCGUGAAGAGUUCAGUAAGACCUCGACAAAGAAACUCAAUGGUUUGAAAAAGCUUCCCAUAUUCUUAUUAAUCCUGUGUUUCACCUCUAUUAACACUUUUGCCACGGCAAGAUGUAAGUCUGAUGCUUUACGUACAAUCGAUAUUCCGAACUUGUUUUUCGGGACUAACAUGUAUAUUAACUCGCUUGGGAAAUCGAACCGAUUGGUGAGGGGUGAGGCCACAUCCA